GUAUCAGUCUGUGCCGUUUGUUUUCUUUGUUAUUGUCAGCUGACCAGGCCGCCUGGUGGAUUCUAUCAAUCGGCAAAAAAAUAGAGGCGCGCUAGUGUUGAAAAAACGUCGCAUUCGCUACUUUCCUAGUACUUAUAAGUUAUAGACGAUACUGCGGUAAAAUGUCGCUUCAACAUUUACUUCACACUUUCAUUGUUCCCAAUCUUGGGACGCCGGGCUCUCAGCCAGCCCUUUCCGACUUUGUCGUGACAAUAUGGAUUGCUCUUGCCAUCCUAGCAGUCCGUGUCGUCUUCGAGCGAUCAGUCAUUCCCGGAUUCCGCCGUUACCUUGAGAAAGUUAAGGGUCCGGGCGGCGGCAAAGCAGCGUUUCCGGUCCUAGACAACAUAUGGAUUGCAGUAUUCUCCGGCAGCUUGACCGCCUACGCCUGGUGGGUGACCGUCCGCUCCAACGGCGGCUGCACUCCCUGGUCCACCGCCUCCUGCUUCGCGGGCUGGCCCGAGCACCCCGUGUCGCUGAGUCAGCGGCUGUACAUGGUGCUGGCGUUCGCAUACUACCUGUACGAGCUGAUGGGUACGGCAGCGGGGCUGGGCACCAAGCUCAAGACCGACAUGGUGGCGCACCACCUGGUCACCAUGGCGCUUGUCCUCAUCUCCCACCACACCACCCUGCAGCGCAUGUCCGUGAUGUGGCAGGCGCUGUUCGAUGUGUCCAACCCCAUCCUGCACACCGCCAAGGCGCUGCACGCCAGCGGGCUGCGGCAGCUGGAGCCCGCCAAGUGGGCGCUGUUCAACCUCUUCGCGGCCACCUUCCUGAUCUGCAGGGUGCUGGGGGGCCCGGUGGCCAUCCUGUGGCCCUCCUUCACGCGCGCACAGGGUGUGCUGCCGGCUAGCUACUGCUACACGUGCUGGGGCCUGGAGGUGUUUGUUUACGCGCUACAGCUGCUGUGGUUUUACAAGAUUGUGGAGAUCGCGGUGAAGGGCGAGAAGGCGGCGGAGAAGGCUGAUUAGGCGGCAUUAUUAGGGCAUUGAACCAUUGAAGCUUGGGCGGUUGGGAUCGCGUGCGUGGCAUGUCGUUCGUGUGAUCCGGGCUUUGAGACAACGCAAGCUUGCUGUUACGUGGCAAGAGCGAGCGAGCGGGCAGCGCCCCUUAGGACAUGUCGUUUAUCAUGUGAUCUCUUGCAUUCGAAAGGAUGUGUAGUUUUGGUAUACCCGGUACGAGGCCGGUAGCAGGUGUGUUUGGGUUGUGGCGGUUGCAGAGCUUCGGCUUAGGCAAACGGUUAUAUAAUCCCAACCGGUGCGACAAAGACGCGGGCUGAAAUCGUGUGUUUUCGCAGUCGCACUGGCCAAUGCCUGCGGCGAACAGCAACUCGUGUGCUUUGUUGCGAGGUUGUGGGGUGCGGGGUCCGCGCUUGGUUGUGUUAGUUGGUCGUUGCUCGUUGGUUGGUUGGUUGCGUCUCACGCGUGUUGUUGUUGCUUGUGGCGACUAUGGUACCGCUUACCGACACACUGUUAGCAGUGGGAAGUUGCCUGGAUGCGUACCUACCCUCACCUUGCCCUGGAUUGUUGGGUGCGCGACGAGGGGGGAGGAGCUCAGUGCCGUGGCGCAGGUGGGCCCGGGUGUCGUACCUUCGUUGGGGUGCAUGCAGGGCGGGUGGCAGGGCAUGCAGGAUGCGCCCCUCUUGUUUCUUGUGCGCAUGGCGUUACACGGCUGGGGGCUGGGUGGCGUUGACCGGGCAGCAGCACCGGGGCGCACCGCUGGCUAGCACUAUUGCGCUGUUGCAUGGCGCUGAGCUGCGGUCAACAGGGGUGCAGCAGGUUGGG